UGCACCUCCACCUGCCCGGCCCCGGCCCCGUGACAGCUAGCGAGCAUGCUAACGUAGCAAUUAAGCUAGUUAGCUGAGAGCUAAUUUUUCCAUGGCAGCAGUUGAGGACUCGAACCAAAGACCUUCACACUGAACCACAGCAGCUUUGUUUCCUCGUGAAGUCUUAAUGGACACCUCUCCUCAUCCUCCCGUCUCUGCCUCACCAGACAAGGACGGGCGAGGACGAUGCGAUUCUGCGGUCCGCACAGGGAUUUCAUUAUGGCUUCCAUCCAGAGGAACAAAACAGCAGUAAACAAGGUCUUGCACAAGGACAAACAUACCAACGGGCCACGCUGGAGUUUUUCACGCUGCAUUUUCUCGAGGCUAUGUGGUGUACCUAUCCAACCAGCCAUUCCAUAUCUGACCUUGUUAUGAUCAGCCUGUCCUGACCCUGGAUGCGAUGUUUGAGGAGCUGACUGACCUGCAGGCUCCCUGCUAGCAGCACCAUGAGGUCGGCCUGUCUCUCUCUGCUCCUCGUCACCGCCUGCUGGGCUCUGCCCUUCCGCCAGUCUGGCUUCCUAGACUUCAUGAUGGAGGAUGAGGCGGGAUCGGGUGAUAUAACUCCAGUUUUGAGCUUCCCUCCCAUGCCUGAUGGACCCAAGUGCCCCUUCAGAUGCCAGUGUCACCUCCGUGUGAUCCAGUGCUCUGACCUCGGUCUGAAGGCCGUUCCUGAAGACAUACCUUCCGACACCACCCUGCUGGACCUGCAGAACAACAAGAUCACUGAGAUCAAGGAGAACGACUUCAAGAACCUGAAAGGGCUGCACGCUCUGAUUCUGGUGAACAACAAAAUCACAGUCAUCCACGCCAAGGCCCUGAGCCCUCUGACCAAGCUGCAGCGUCUGUACCUGUCCAAGAACAUGCUGAAGGACGUGCCCGCCAACAUGCCCAAGAGCCUGCAGGAGCUCCGCAUCCACGAGAACGCCAUCACCAAGAUCAAGAAGGCCUCCUUCCAGGGCAUGUCCCAUAUCAUCGUCAUGGAGCUCGGGUCCAACCCUCUGAAGAGCGCUGGAAUCGAAGCCAGUGCUUUCUCUGACCUGAAAAGAGUCUCUUACAUUCGCAUCGCAGACACGAACAUCUCAGAGAUCCCCAAAGGUCUUCCCAGCUCUCUCUCUGAGCUCCACCUGGACGGAAACAAAAUCACCAAGGUGACAGCCGACAGCUUCAAGGGCCUGAAGAACCUGGCUAAACUGGGUCUGAGCUACAACGAGAUCAGCUCUGUGGAAAACAGCACGCUGGCUAACGUCCCCCACCUGCGCGAGCUGCACCUCGACAACAACAUUCUGACCAGCGUCCCCCCCGGCCUGCCCGACCACAAGUACAUCCAGGUGGUCUACCUCCAUGUCAACAAGAUUGCCGCUGUGGGAACAGAGGACUUCUGUCCCCCUGGCUUCAACACCAAGAAGGCCAUGUACUCCGGCAUCAGCCUGUUCAGCAACCCCGUGCCUUACUGGGAAGUCCAGCCGAUCACCUUCCGCUGUGUCUUCGACCGCUCCGCCAUCCAGCUCGGCAACUACAGGAAGAAGUAGAGCGUCCCGCGCGACCUCUGCAAGGAAGUGUGUGUUUGUAAAUGAGUGUGUGAAAGUUUUGUAAGCGUGCGUGUUUGACCGCAGCCCCACAACACUGACCCCUUACCGACACUGCCUCCCCCACAAAACGAUGAUGUCAAUAACUCACGCACUCGUUUCAAAACUUUAGUGGACAUGGACCUCAAACACAACAUAUCAUUUUUAUUAUUUGCAACAGUAGUACGUACACGGCUUACAGCAAACACCAGCAUACGACGGUGACGCUCUCACUCACAGCACGUUCACAGUAGAACCAGUUUAGCAAACGUUAACGAAAUAUGUUCUCACAUUCGCGCCACAGCAUAUUUAUGUGCUUAAUAUGUUGAAAUUCAGAGAUGAACCCAAACCAAAAAGAUUUGAAAUCUGUCUCAGUGGAAUAUAACAUAUUGCUGUUGUAUGUCCCAGUUUUUUGACUAUUCUCCAUUCUGACUUGUGAGAGCGCUGACCUGUAGAGCAGGCAGCAGGGGGUCAACUUGUGUUUUACCUUUAACAGCUGGUGUACUAGAAUGUACUAGAUAUCACCUGUGUACUAGGAACAGCAUCCAGAGUGUAAGAUCACCACGCUGCACUCCAGGAAAGAAACAACUCAACGUUUCUAUUUGUAUUGUGCUCAAUUCAAGUAGAGAUAAAAGCAACCGUGACUUC